AACACAUAUGGCCUGUCUUAAUCCUGACGAAAAACCUCCUUCUACUGAGGAGGUCGUCUCUGACUUCAUUGAUUUCUUGAAUCAUGCAGUUGAUCCAUAUCAUGCUGUGGCUUUGUUGGAGGUUCGCUUAAACGCAAAGGGAUUUCAGCAGCUACAAGAAGAUAAAGAGUGGAAUAUUGUGCCUAACGGGAAGUACUACGUCACUAGGAAUAACAGUACUAUAUUUGCUUUUGCUCUUGGAGUUGCUACCUGCGGUGAUGGGAUCUGGCACACAUGGUUUGACAGAGAACUUAGUUUGGCUGGACAGGUUGUAUUUUUAAAAAAAGGUGUAAUGGAGCGUAGAUUGAUAAACGUUCAUCAGCCAGUUAUGUAUAUUCCAAGUUUGGCCAUUCAUUUAGACCCAAAAAGGAAUAAAUUUGAGUGUAAUUAUGAAAACGAACUAAGGCCAAUUUUAGCGACAUUAGCUGAAAAGGAGUUAAAUAAAGAUUUCAAAAGCAGUGAUAGUGAGGAAAAUAGUGAGGAAUAUAAACUACUGCAGAAAGUAAACAGCUUGCCAGAAGAAAGUCACUUGUCGUUACUGAACUUAAUUUGUAAAGAAGCCUGUUCUGAUCCUUCGGCUAUUAUCGACUUUGAUCUAUACCUUUAUGACACUCAUCAAGCUGCAAUAGGUGGUGUUCAUAAAGAAUUCCUGAGCUCUCAAAGAUUAUGCGGUUUAGUAGGAGCUUACACCACAAUUUACGGACUGUUGAAGAGUUUCCGAAUUGACGACCUAGCUGAAGAGGAAAAUAUCCGCCUUGCUGUAUGCUUCGACUGCGGAGAGGCCGAGUACCGUGCAGCGCAUGGACCGGGAUCAUCACUUUGUGAAUGGAUUAUGCGGAGGUUAUCUGGAUCCAAUCCGAAAAACAGCUUUGAAGAAGCGAUACCUAAGUCAUACCUGCUUAGCGUAGAUAACACCGAUGCUGUUCAUCCUAACUACGGAAGCGCACAUGAGGAAAAUCACAAACCUUCUCUUGACGGUGGUAUUGUUGUGAAAAUAGAUGUUAAUCAGCGAUAUGCUACAAAUUCCAUCACCAGUGCAGUAUUGAGGUGUAUAGCAGCUGCAGUUGAAGAGCCUCUCCAAAAAAUAGUCAUUCGAAAUGACACGACUCGCAAGGUAGGAGCUGGACCGGUAUUGUCAUGUAAACUAGGUAUACAAGCAGCGGACGUUGGAUGUCCUCAGCUUGCUAUGCAUUCAAUUCGCGAACUAAUACACCUUAAAAGCAUCCAACAGGCAAUAGAUCUGUACUCGUUGCAGAUUCGCAAAGCAUGAAC